AUGUCUCAACCUCUGCUAGAUCUGGCUUCUACUACAUCCUCCUCACCCGUCUCGGUACUCAGCAGCUCUGGUAUAAACUCCUCUAAUCUUCUGCUUUUGAAGCCACGGCAUGCCGACCACGUGGUACCCGCCCGACCCGAGCAGCUCGAGCGAUGUCCAGUAGCUUUAUUCGAAACCUACUGCGCCCGCCGCCCACUCACUACCGGCCUUCCGCACUCACCUUUCUACCUACAACCCGAUCGUGAAUUCUGCUCCUCACCAUUGCCGCCUGGCUACCGAUCUACCGCAAACAGUGAUUCCAACUCGGCUACAAACUCAAACUAUGCGGCUCCGAUAACUUCCGAUGCCGCCGGACUUCCCGGUGUCUGGUACCUGGCCAGUGCUAUGGGCAAGAACAAGAUUGGCUCUCUGAUGAACUCGGCCCUACAACGACUCGGGCUGCCAAUCAAUCGGCAGGUAACGCUGGUCCGCUUCUGUGACAGCCUGGUUGCAGCAGCCGCGCUUCCAUUACCUAAUGGUGAAGUCAUUGCUCAGGUAUUCGGUCACGUGUAA